CUGGGCUGGGGUCAGUCUAGCGAGUAAGUGCGCGUAAGGAAGACAUACCGUUACGGAGCUCACAAACAUCCCGCGAGAACUAAAUUUCCCAUAGCUCUUUAUCGUGUGCCUGAGACGCCCUCGCAGCCACCACCAACACCAUGUCUAGUCUACCCGAAGGCGCGCCCGCACCCCGUCUCUGCAUCAUCACCAAGUGGCCGGACUUCGAAGGCUAUGGGUUCAACUUGCACGCCGAAAAGUCAAAACCCGGUCAGUACAUCGGGAAGGUGGACGCCAACUCCCCCGCCGAGGCUGCUGGGCUCAAGGAGGACGACAGGAUCAUCGAAGUGAACGGCGCCAACAUCGCUAACGAGAACCACAAGCAGGUGGUGCAGAGGAUCAAGGCCGUGCCCAACGAGACGCGCCUGCUGGUGGUGGACCCGCCGACGGACAAGUACUACAAGGGCAAGAACAUCGUGGUGCGCGGGAGUCAGGAGAACGUGAUCGUGGGAAACUCCUCACGCGACCAGAAGAGAUCCGCCACGCCCGAGCCCUCAAGCCAGCUCGCCGCCGCUGUCUCCAACGGGCACCACGAUGAGGCCGACAACCGCUCCGUCAGCUCGGCCGCGUCCUCGUCAGCGACCAGCGAGGUUUCCACUCAGCCUCAGCACGCGGCCGCCCUCGACGAGCCCGAUAAGGAUAUGGACACCACAGUGGAAGACGCCAGUACACCCGCGACAAUGGAGGACGCAAGAAGCCGCUCACCGUCUCCUCCUCCCGCUGAGAAACCUAAGGAAGCCGAGGAAGCCGUGAAGCCCUCAGAUAGCGAUGUGGCCCCUCAAGACGACGGGGCAUCGCUCAGCGGCAGCGACAAAGACUCUGAAAAGGAUGUGAGCGCUGCGGCGGAGGAUUCGAUGCCUGAGAACACUAACAAAUCCCAUGACGAAGAACCUAUUGAGGAAUCUAAGCCUAUCCCCACUGAGGCUGAGAAACCCGUAGAAGAAGAGGAGAAGAAGGAAGAGAAGGAGAAGGAUGAAGAGAAGGAGAAGGAGGAAGAGAAAGAGAAGGAGGAAGAGAAAGAGAAGGAGGAAGAGAAGGAGAAAAUUGAGGAGAAGGAAGAACCAAGCGUGGAGGCUCCUUCUGCGCCAUCGGAACAGGAGUCAGACCUCGAGGCGGAGUAUGACAACGUGGAGAUCGAUGCCGGGCGUGCCGCUGGGGCCGCCACGCACGCCGCCGUCACCACCACCACCUCUGAAACACGCCGUCUUUCCUCCUCUUCCGGCGACUCUCACUCUUCACGCGGCUCCGACACGGCCGCCACUACUGACCCUCACACACAGAGUCCCAUGAGCACUUCGCCCACGCCGCCGCCCUCGCUGGAGCCCGCCCCUGCCGCUGAGCCAACCCGCAACUCACCCUCGCCCAAGCCCUCCGCCACCACCACCACCACCACGACCAAAAAUGCCAACAACGCCAGCCCUAAGCCCCGACCCGCGUCCAAUAACAACAACGCUUAUAACUCGAGCGGCCUGAACCUGAACAUGUCAGCGGCGGAGAUGCGCGCCAAGCUAGCCAGCAAAAAGAAGGCGGACCCGCGGAGAGAAUCAGUCGACCUCAAGAAGAAGUACGAGAUCAUCCAGAACAUGUGAGGCGGCGGGCGUGACUAGGACAGGACGAGGAAGGUUGUUGACGCGGCCUUUUUCUUGCAGCCUAAACCUUCCUUACGCGGGGACCUUCCUGAUGGAGUCGCCGCCGCCGCCGCCGCCGCUGUCGACACCACCUCCAACACCUUCCUUACCUACGUUGUUAUUGUUGAUGAUGGGUCUUUUUCCACACUUAAUCUGUCCCUUUUUUUCCCUUCCUGUGAUUGCUGCAGAUUUGUACAUGUGGUGUAGACUAGUACAUAAUCCCUGUAUAUAUUAGUGAAAUGUAUAAUUGAUGUUAGAGUAAUUAUUAUACGCAUUGUUGGUGCGUGUCUGCAGGUGCGCCCGAAGCCCCCAUUCACUAGUUAGCUGCACAGGGCUCGGCCGCAGACAAGCACUCGGGGAGGAAGCAAACGAGCCAUUUAUUCUUUGUGAUUCGAUGAGGGAUGUUCUUUGUCACGUGAUCGAGAGCUAGGUGUUCCUUGUUUACCGCCAAUCCAAGCUCCAGGCGUCCGCGGAGGUUGUAAUGUAGAUUCCUGGCCCACGAUGAGAGACUUGAUAAUGACUGAAGUGUGAGUGUGUUAAGUUGAAGGGUUGUAGGCUCAGCAAGUGCUUCCCCCAUCACUAUAGGAGGAAAAUGAGGUGGUUCAGCUUUCCCUCAACUACGAAUGCGACUUGUAAUAUGAACGAAUGUAGUUAGACUUUAAUGAUUAUACUGGGGGUAGUUAACAAGUGCCUCGUUCAUCACCAUAGGAAGAAAAUGAGGUGGUUUAACUUUCCCUCAACUACGAAUGGGACUUGUAAUAUGAACGAAUGGUAGUUAGACUUUAAUGAUCAUACUGGGGGUAGUUAACAAGUGCCUCGUUCAUCACCAUAGGAAGAAAAUGAGGUGGUUCAGCUUUUCCCUCAACUACGAAUGGGACUUGUAAUAUGAACGAAUGGUAGACUUUAAUGAUUAUAUUGGGGUAGUUUACACUGUUCUGUUCGUACCUAUUUUUCUCUCAUCUACGAAUGCACUGUGUAAUAUGAACGGAUGAUGGCUGGAAUUCAAUAUCUAUACUAUGAGUCACUUAGAUUAUCCCCCUCCAGUCUGAGGUUGCAAUGUUGUGAUGCGAGUAAAGUUACCACUCUUUACUUAUAAGGGUCCCAGCAUAUUUUUCGACAUAUAUAUUGACUGUCAGAAGCUCCCUUACGCGCAUUCACAUCUUGCAUUCCUUCAAAGACCCACGAUAAACCUUACAUUCCCUUAGCAUUCCUUACAACGAGGCACCUAACUAAACAGUCAUAUAUUUCUGUAUUUAAAGGCAGCGAAAGACGAACACAAAUACACAUCUUGCAUUCAUCCUAAGACUCACGAGAAACCUAAUAUUCCCUUUGCAUUCCUUACAACGAGGCACCUAACUGAACAACCAUAUAGCUACUGUGUUUAAAGGCAGCGAAAGACGAACACAAAUACACAUCUUGCAUUCAUCCUAAGUCCCACGAGAAACCUUACAUUCCCUUAGCAUUCCUUACAACGAGGCACCUAACUAAACAAUCAUAUAUCUACUGUGUUUAAAGGCAGCGAAAGACGAACACAAAUACACAUCUUGCAUUCAUCCUAAGACUCACGAGAAACCUAAUAUUCCCUUUGCAUUCCUUGUGAGAUGAGGCACCUAACCAAACAAUUAUACGUCUAUGUGAACUUCUAUAUUAAGAAACAAAAGAGGAACACUAACAGGGCCUCGUACAGGUGUGACAAUCAAUAUAUCACGUUACCUUUGCAUUCCUUACGACACGAAACACCUAACCAACCAAUUAUAUGUGAAUUUCUGUAUUAAGAAAAAAAAACACGAAUAGGGCCUCGUACAGGUGUGAAAAUCAAUAUAUAACGUUACUUUUGCAUUCGUAACGAGACGAAACACCUCACCAAACAAUUCUACGUCUAUGUGAACUUCUGUAUAACGAACCAAACGAGGAACACACCAAUACAGAAUCCAAUCACCUCUUUGGAUGCUCACAGUAACUCCCAUUCCUUGAUUAACUAAACCCUCAACGUCCCUCCACACACACUUAUAACCCAUAUAGGAAUGUCUGUCUGUCUGUAUGUAUGUUACUACGUACUACCAUUGCGAUGAUAAGUGCGGCCCAGCGUUGUGCUUCACGGUGCAUUCCAUUAAGUCUUUGUGCAUUGUGAUACGUGACCAGUAUAAUAUUCAAUAAAUUGUAAGCAUUCUGA